CCGCGGCCAGGGCUAUAUAGCGCGGCGGCCGCGGGCGGCUCCCCAUGGAGCGCAGGCAGCUGGGGCCGGGAGCUCAGCGCGCACAGGGACCCCGCCCCGUAGUGAAGCCGGCCGGGAGGCCGGGACGCCGCCGUCUCCGAUGCGAGCCCUGCUGCUGCUCUGCGCGCUGGCCGGGCUCUGCGGGUGCCAACCUGCUGCUGGAUUAGGACUAAAUGCGACCGAGCAGGAGGAAAACGUGCCUAUGGUAUGGGACCACAGUGUGGAUGGGAGCACCAGGCCUUCAGGAAUUGACUAUGAAGAUGCUGAGGAAGAUGAGGAGGAGGAGGAGGACCAGGACCCAGCAGUGCCUAUGUACAUUGUAGAUGAUUCAAUUAGAGUUGAACCGGUGAUUAAACCCAAGCAAACAAAAACAGAUCGGGAAAAGAAUCCUGACAAAAUAAAAAAGAGAAACAAAGGGAAGAAAAAUAAAAAGAAGAAGAAAGGGACACCAUGUGAAGCAGAAUACAAAAAUUUUUGUAUUCAUGGUGAAUGCAAAUACCUAGAAGACCUCAAAGAAGUAACAUGCAAGUGUCGCCAGGAUUACUUUGGUGAACGCUGUGGUGAACAGUUCAUGAAGACUCAGAAGAGAAAUGACAUCGGCAACGAUUCAACAACAAUAUUGGUGGUGGUAGCUGUCCUGCUCUCCAGCAUCAGCUUCAUUGCGAUUGUCGUCCUUAUUCUAGCGCAGCUCAGGAAAACGUAUCCUCAAUGUGAAGAAAAGGAGGAAAGAAAAAAGCUCAGACAAGAGACUGGAAAUGGCCACGUUGGCGUGUAAAGGAGAGCGCAGAACAUGAAGCUGAAAUGACCUUUGCCGAAGCGACAGAGUAACUGCUUCAUGAAGAUGCAUGUAGGAGAUGGCCAGUGUUGGAGCCACUAGGAGCUGUUGCCAGGAGGCCCCACUCAAUCAACAUGGAUCCUGUAAGGAGGCAUCUGAAGAACAACUUGAUGCUGAGAAGCUAGCUGGGCAGGGCUGCUGCCUCCACACUGGGCAGCCAGGAUGUGUUGGAUGUUGCAACUAGAGGGUUAAAAGCACCACUGUUAGGAGCUACAGGAACUUCUGACAUUGGGCCCCAUCCAGUUAUUGAUGGAAGACUACUAUCUUUCUGCUGCUACCUGGAUAACAUUCCUUCUGACUCUUGCGGUUUGCUGCGAAUGUUGUAGAAAGUCUCCCUUUAAGGGAGAUCAUGGCUUUAAGGAGAACAGAGAGCUUGUUGCCCCUCUCUGCCCCAUUGUUACACAAAAGGAAGUGGGACCAGAUUUGAUUAAGCUUGUUCCCCAGACCUUUGUGACUGGAGGUGCACUACAGGUGUGGGGACGAGCUUUCUUCUCCCACCCCUGUGAUCCUACGUGCUGUAUCUGCUUUAUCAGCAGCAGGCCAGGAAUCUGAAGGCUUGUCUGGACCACCGGGGUCUGAAUUCUAGUGUGCUGUGGACUAACUGGUCUGUGUCAACCUUGCUGGUGCACGCUACAGAUUUACCUAGUGCAAAGUUAUAGUCCUGUUCCAAGCAGUAAUGCACACUGGGAAACUUGCAAUGCCAGCAGGGUCCACAUAGUCCAGUUUGCGCAUGACAUACUAGUUCAGACUAAAGCGUGGUGUGGACAAGCCCUGACUCUGGUUCUUCCCCAAAAUCGACUCAUGAUAUCUCACUGAAGAUCCCUUUUGUAAUAAACCUGGGCCCUGAUCCUGCGAACACUUAAGCAUGAGUAAUUCCAUUGACUUCAAUGGGACUAUUCAUAUGAGUGAAGUUAUGCACCCAUUUGCUGGACUGAGUGAUUGCUUUGGGGUCUCAAUUAGAAUCAUAGAAUAUCAGGGUUGGAAGGGACCUCAGGAGGUCAUCUAGUCCAAUCCCCUGCUCAGAGCAGGACCAGUCCACCACUAAAUCAUCCCAGCCAGGGCUUUGUCAAGCCGGGCCUUAAAAACCGCUAAGGAUGGAGAUCCACCACCUCCUUAGGUAACCCAUUCCAGUGCUUCACCACCCUCCUAGUGAAAGAUUUUCCUAAUAUCAAACCUAAACCUCCCCACUGCAACUUUGAGACCAGUACUCCUUGUAGAUUGUCUCCAGGUUUUUCUUCUAGUACCUUGGACAAUGAAAACCUUUGUUCUAAUUUUAAGUUCAUAAGAUCAAGAACUAGGUGCUGUUGCCCAGCUAAGAUGCGCAUUAAAGAAAACAUGAGCACUCUGAAAUUCCAGAAAAUGUGGAAUCAAACCCUUAGUUUUCAGGCAUUCCUUGGGUCUUUUUUACAGAACCUCUGCCAGAUAAUUUAUUAGUCAUUUGUCUGUGAUCUCAUUGUCCAUAGCUUCCUCCCUGGGCUUCCAGAUCUUGGUACACCGGACCCUCGCUAGAACGUGGGAUUUGGGAUCCAUGCACGGUACUGCGUUAACGCAGGGACCGCAUUAAAAUGAAUUGCAAUUAAAGUAAUUAAAUUUGGCAUCCAUGGCUGCGACCGCAUUAUAUGCAAAUUCGCACUCUAUAGAUGCGCGUUCUAGCGAGUGUCUGGUGUACUUCCAACUAAACCUCAAGUGAUAAAAGAUAUAAAAUGUUUUCUAGAUCCAGUAAUAGAGAACCUCUCUUCUGGAGAAGAGCUAGAGUCAGAUACUACUGCUUGCUGAAUAUCAACAAUAACUUUUAUAGAUGUUGUGACACCCCCCCCCCCCCGAAAUGCACAGAAUUUUCUAAAGUACUUUGUCUUAAAAAUCUCCUUUUGCUGACCUGUGUCCUUAUGAUCUCAUUUGAGAACUUUCCUUAACAGAUUCAAACCAAAUCUUACGCAUGAAGUAUUGCAUUCUUUUCAGGAGUCAAGUAUGUUUAUAAUUUAUUUCAAAGGCUUAACCAUCAGAAAAGAUUUUUCUAUUAAGCAAAACUGUAAAAUUAAAUUUUAUUUCUGUAAAGUAUGUAAGUACAGAGUUUUAUACUAUUGUAAAUAUUUAUUACUGUAUUUAAUAUU